GGGCGCCGGGCCGGGGCAGCGCGCAGCGGAGCGGAGCAGCGGCGGCGGCGGCGGGAGCGGGACCCUGCAGCCGCAGCAGCUGCGGGCGGGCGGGCGAGCGUGCGGGCGCGCGGGGGCUCCGUCGGGGCGGGCAGCCCCCACGCUGGAUUCCCGCAGCCCGUCGCCAUGCCCGGCGCGCGCUAGGUGCUUCAUGGAGCAGGCCAACUUCUACGAGGUGGAGUCGCGGCCGCCGCCGAGCAGCGUGCAGCCCCCGCACCUGCCGCCCCCCCCGCCCGGCAGCGCCUACGGCGCGUACAGGGAGGCGCCGCCCGCGCCGGAGCUGAGCGACAUCUGCGAGCACGAGAACUCCAUCGACAUCAGCGCCUACAUCGACCCGGCCGCCUUCAACGACGAGUUCCUGGCCGACCUCUUCCAGCACAGCCGGCAGCAGGACAAGGCCAAGGCCGCGCUGGCCGCGGACUUCGACUUCCACGGCCUGCACGGGCCCGGCGCCCCGGGGCAGGGGCCCCCGCCGCAGCCGCCGCCGCCGCCGCCGCAGCCGCUCUUCGGCUACCUGGACGGCAAGCUGGACGCGCUGUACGAGCGCAUCGCGGCGCCCGGCUUGCGGCCGCUGCUCAUCAAGCAGGAGCCGCGGGAGGACGAGGAGGCCAAGCCGGCGGCGCUGCCCGCGCUCUACCCCGCGCAGCCGCCCGCCCCGUCGCACCUGCAGUACCAGAUCGCGCACUGCGCCCAGACCACCAUGCACCUGCAGCCCGGCCACCCCACGCCGCCCCCCACGCCCGUGCCCAGCCCGCACCACGCGCACCCGCACCCCCACCCGCACCCCCACGCGCACCCGCACCCGCCCGCCGCGCUCAAGAUGCUGCCGGCGGAGCCGCGGGGCAAAACGAAAAAGACAGUGGACAAGAGCAGCAGCGAGUACCGCGUGCGCCGGGAGCGCAACAACAUCGCGGUGCGCAAGAGCCGCGACAAGGCCAAGCAGCGCAACGCGGAGACGCAGCAGAAGGUGCUGGAGCUCACCACUGACAAUGACCGGCUGCGCAAGCGGGUGGAGCAGCUCAGCCGCGAGCUGGAGACGCUGCGCGGCAUCUUCCGCCAGCUGCCCGAGAGCUCCCUGGUCAAGGCCAUGGGCAACUGCGCGUGAGCCCGCCGCCCGCCCCGCUGCAGUAUUACUCGCUCUGUGCCUUAGGGACCACACCAAUAAGCUGCCCCCCGCCCCGCCGCCUGCCUGCCCGGGGGCCCUCGUGCCUUAGGAGGCGCGGAGCCACCCUGCCCGCCCCCGGCGCCCGCGGGGGUCCCCGCCGGGCUGCGCGCCCCGCUCCCCGCGCGCCAGGGCAGGGCUCUCGGGCGGGCGGGCGCGGCUGGGACGUGCGGGCCCGUCGGGCCGGGACAAGGGGCGCGGGCGGGCGGGCGGGCGGGCACGGACCCGGCCUGCGUGUCACCUUUGUGGAAACCUUGGUUACGUUCAUAAAUAAACGGCAUUUAUUCUACA